GGUACGGGUGGGGAGUGCCAGCCACUCUUGUUCCGCUAUGGGGUCCAGGUCUGGUAUAAAGGGAUCGCAGAGAGCCACGAUGACGAUCUUGGAGCAAGGACAAUAGUUGAGUUGAAAGAAAACAGUUUUGAUACUCCCCCGACCCUAGAGACUUGGCCUCCCAACUCCCAGCGAGUCGGAAUUCUUUAAAUGGUCCGCGGAGCACUGUAGGGAAGGGCGAGUCGGGCGUCUACUGGAGACCAGUGGGUGGCUCCGCCCAGCCAAUCCGCCCCCAGCGGCGGGCAGGGCUCUAGCCAAUCGUGGCUCGCGGUUCGGCUCCCGGGCGAAGCUGGGUGAGCCUGAGUCCAGACCGAGAGGCCCCGGAGAGGUGAGCAAGGCUCCUGCUCAGUGCUGGAGGGUCGAAAAGCUGCGGGCGUUCCCGGAGGUGGUCAUUGCGAAUCUGGCAGUUGAGGGCAUCAUGGUAGGAGGCUUGAAGAGGAAACACUCGGAUUUGGAGGAGGAAGAGGAGGAUGAGAAGUGGGCCUGGGGCCCGGCAGGCCUGCGGAGCUACCAGCAAGCCCUGCUCCGCAUCUCCCUAGACAAAGUCCAGCGAAGCUUGGGCCCCCGAGCACCCAGCCUUCGCAGACAUGUCCUCAUCCACAACACUCUCCAGCAGCUCCAAGCUGCUCUUUGCCUGACUCCUGCACCUGCCCUGCCUCCUGAGCCCCUCUUCCUGGGUGAGGAGGACUUCUCCCUGUCAGCCACCAUCGGCUCUAUUCUUAGGGAGCUCGAGACCUCCAUGGACGAGACCGAGCCCUCUCAGAAUCCAGGGGCUCCCCCCGGCUCCCAGAAUGAAGUGCUGCCCCAGCCUGAUCCAGUCUUCUUAGAAGCUCUGAGCUCCCGGUACCUGGGGGACUCUGGCCUGGAUGACUUCUUUCUGGACAUUGACACAUCCACAGUGGAGAAGGAGCCCGCACUGGCACCAGCAGAGCCUCCUCACAACCUUUUCUGUGCCCCAGGGUCCUGGGAAUGGAAUGAACUAGAUCACAUCAUGGAAAUCAUUCUAGGAUCCUAAAACUUUUAGAGGGGGCUUCCUUCCUCAUCUGAGCCUUGGUGGGCUGAACCCCUGGAUGCAAUUCUGUGGGUAUGUUUUGACAGGGGCUCUAAACAGUGACUGUGGCCUCCCUUCUCCCAUUUCAGGGUUCCACAAACUGUCUUGCAUGUGUGUGUGUGUCUGGUUAUUGCAGCCUUCUGUGAAGGUGGGUCUUCCUGAAUUAAUUUAUCUGUUCCAAAUGCCUUAAUGAGACUCUGUUUCUGGGAGUCUGAUUUCCCACUUCCACAUGUCUUCUUGCCUUUCCCUCCAGUUCCUACUCCCCUGUGUCCACUGGGGCCUCAGGGAAGAUAAGCUGGGCCUGUCAAAGGAUGACAGGUAUGUGCUGCCUGGUUGCUAUGGAAAUGCAGCCUCUGCCUCUUGGCACCUCCAGGGCAUGGGAGGGGCUGGCCUCCUCCCCUCAGACUGAACCCCACCUCCUUCACAGGACCCCAGUCCCAGCAGCCUCCUGAUUCAUGACCAGGCCGGACCACGUGCAAUAGGGUGGAAACCAAACUGCUCCAUGCCGCAUUAUUUAAAAGAAAGGCGGGUUUUGUGGUGGGUUUUUUUGUUUGUAAUGAUUUUUUUUCUAAUAAAAGUAUUUUGGAAGGGA